AUGGCUGGUGAUGCGGAGAACGGCGGCGUGGAGGUUGCGGUAGGGCCAGUGCCGAAGCUCCAGAAGCUCCUCCAUGUCGAGUCCAAUGGCGCCUCCGAGGACGUCCCCCUUUUGAGGGUGAAGAGGCUGUCGGAGAAUGCCGUCUUGCCUUCCAGAGGGUCCCCCUACUCUGCCGGCUACGAUCUCUCCAGGUAUUCGCUCAUCGUCCUCCCAAACAUUUGAUGUUACGCUCCUACGGGUCCCUUAACGUCUCAGAUCUGAUCCGCAGCGCGGUGGACAUGAAGGUUCCAGGACGAGGAAAGGCCCUCGUUCCCACAGAUCUCAGCAUCUCUAUUCCUCAAGGGACCUAUGCUCGAAUCGGUAGGCCUCUCUGCCAUAAUCUGUAGUUGUUUCUGCCAUAUUUGCUCUGACGCUGUCUCGUUUGGGCGGGAUGCCCGAUUAUGCAGCUCCCAGGUCGGGACUGGCGUGGAAGCACUCCAUUGACGUCGGAGCAGGCGUGGUAGACGCGGAUUACCGCGGCCCCGUCGGCGUCAUCCUGUUCAACCACUCGGACGUGCAUUUUGAGGUGAAGGCCGGGGACCGGAUCGCGCAGUUGAUUAUCGAGAGAAUCAUGACGCCGGAGGUGGUCGAGGUUGAGAACCUGGACUCCACCGUCAGGGGCGCCGGCGGGUUUGGAUCCACUGGUGCUUGA